AUGGCAGCUCAGCUCCUGCCUUAUACUCUACCCUCCCCAGUGGAGUGGACAGAGGUGGAUGAUGCCUUGGUUCAUGUUGCUCAACAGUGUCCGCAAUUGCGCGUUAUUUUCCAGACGCUUGAGCCGGAGAGAAGUGAGGAGCGGUUCUACUUGGUAUGGAAUGUUAUUGCGGACGGUCUGCCGAAGUACUUGGCCGCGACCGGGCGGCUGGGGGUUAUAUAUGGCAGCGAGUGGAAGGAGGAUCCUGAGUUUGGUGGAGCCUUAAAAGGUGAUGUGUCCGAGCGAUGGUCCAAUGUGUUAGAUGCGCGUCCAUUCUUCGUUUCCAGAGUAGACGUACACAAUUUCAGACAUAUACGUAAGUACUCGUAG